AUUUAGCGGCGAUCAUAAGGUUACAGGUUUCAGUUGGAAAUGCAUUGCAACCGAUGACUGUAUUUUCUUGCAAGGACGAGAAUAUUCACAAAAAGGUAUCAACGUCUGAAGCAAAACGGGCAACCCCACAGGCUCUGCUGCACUUUCCUAGCCUUCCAAACGCGUCUGCGAUCAUGAUAUGAUGACUUGUUAGUUGACGGGCUUUCAACUUCGCUUAAUAUUGAGACGAGGGAAUGAUACUCAAACCGGUCCAUCGGAAAUGAGAUGCCGCCAGCGCAACGGGGGAAACCAUCUUCACCUAUAAAAUUGGUAACUUACAAAGAGGCAUCAGAAGCAAAUUCUUGGAACCAAGCAAGUGGCCCGAGAGAGCUUCUCGGUGGCGGGCAUGAGGCUCGGGGCGGUGGGCAGCUUGAGCAUUACAGCCUUUACGUGAAGUGUAGUAGCGGCAUGGUAGCAAGCCAAGGAAGGAAUUCUGCCCCUGGCGCUCUACCGUGGGGCGACUCGGGUUCGCCUUUAUCAUCAGCACUUGCAGCGGAGGCUGUCUACUGCCUAGUCUCAGCUGGAACAAUCCUGUUCAACAAGCAUGCGCUAUCAACGUAUAAAUUUCCGGCUCCCAACGUGCUGCUCACCAUCCAGUUUGGGAUCGCCGUAGCCCUCCUAAAAGUGCUCCACUUUGUUGGCAUCCUGCAUCUUGAACCUCUACGAUGGGACAUCGUGAAGCUAUGGGUUCCAGUCAACAUCGUGUUUGUGCUUAUGAACGCGACAGGCUUCUACGCCCUCAUGUCCGUGUCUGCGGGCAUGUUCACGGUGCUAAAGAACCUCUCCAACCUGAUUACUAUCCUGGGAGACUGGUACUUCUUCGACAAAACCUACUCGUGGCAGGUGUGGGCUUGCUUGGGCCUUAUGAUCAUCUCCGCAGUCAUGGGCGGUUGGACGGACCUCUCCUUCUCGCCCAAGGGCUACGCCUGGCAGUUGGUCAACUGCUGCUUCACCGCUGCCUACAGCCUGCACCUCUCGUCUGUCGUACGAUCCGCCGCCAGCACUGUACCUAGCGGCCCGGGCUCCGGCGGCUCACAGCCGGGCGGCGGCGGUGGCAGCGGGGCGCUGCUCGGAAGCAGCGGCAGCGGAGGCGCCGUUAGCGGCCUAGGUCCUUCGCACAAGCAUGGACAUGCCCAUGCCCAUGCAGACCAUAGCAGCAGCAGCGGCCCCGGCGGGGGCGGCGGGGGCGGCGGACGGAGACGCCUUAACGAGCUCAGCAUGGUGUACUACAAUAACGCGCUUUCGGUGCCACCGCUCGUGUUGCUGUCGCUGUUAUUCGGCGAGCCGGCGCGGUUGCGGGACUAUCCCUACACGGGCAACCCGCAGUUCAUCAUAGUCGUGCUCAUGGGUUCGUUGUUGGGCUUUGGUGUGUCGUUUGCCAGCAUCUGGUGCAUGAGUCGCACCUCGGCCACCAUCUACAGCCUCACGGGGUCAAUGAACAAGGUGGUUGUGGCGGUUGUGGGCAUGUGGUAUUUUGCGGAGCCCGCUAGCGGCAGCAAUCUGAUAUCGAUCGCCUUGGGUCUCGUGGCGGGUUUCCUCUUUGUGUUUGCCAAGUCCGCGCCCUCAUCGCAUGGCCAUGCACACUCGCAUUCGCACACCCGCACGCAUGCGCAUGGGAUGCUUGGGAGCGGCGGCGGCGAGGGCGGAGGCGUCGGAGGAGGUGAGGCGCAGCCGUUGCUGCUGCCGCAGGGGUCUGCAGGGCUGGGG